UCCUUCGUUCUCGUUGCUACGUCGCCAAAGUCGCAAACAUGCCGUCUCUCCUUUCUUUUCGCAUGCUUCUUUUCGUCCUGUCCUUUGCGACGCAAAUUCUAGCACAGACUGCCACUUCCGCUGCAACGACUCAGCCCAGUCCAAGCACAACCAGAGCACCGAUUGGGAAUGGAACUACGACGACUCCGCCAGAUGUUCAGACCACAUCAACACCUCCAGAUGUAUAUCUGAACGUUCCGGAACUGCACGUUGGCCGGAUUGAGCUGGAUGUGGAGGAGCUACAAGCCGACAUCAACCUGAAUGCGAAGGUUGCCGGACUCGUACAGGUCAAUGCAGGCGUUCAAGUAUCAGUCCAGAAGAUCAACGUUACGAUUGCGGAUGUAGACGCAAAUCUGGAGCUCAUCGUGCGCCUCGGCCAUCUCGUGGACAUUGUGGAGCGCGUCUUCGAUUCUCUCGACCUCAACCCGCUCCUGCUCAGUCUGAUCGGCAACGUAACGAAUCUGAUCGGAGAGGUGAUUGGCGCGGUUGACGGUCUCCUUGGAUCUAUCACGCAGGGUGGGAAGACUCUAAACUUCCUGGUCGACAACCUUGGCAACAUCGUCCAGGAAGUGGUGGGAGGAGCUGAGGGUGCGCUGUCAACGAUUGUCGGUAACUACAAGCAGAACAUGACGCAAGUCGGAGACGAGAAGCAACUCGGCAACGGGCUGAUCCAGAAGACGUUCUCCUUCGAGCAACUGGGGUCCCUAGUCGAUAUCAUCUUUAACACUGCGGGACAAGUCGUCCAGGCCACGGUGCAAAAGAAGAGCGGGGGAGGAUCAACAACCACAACGCCAUCAGCUUCGACAGCAACGCCUGUAACGCUGCCCGUCAGCACGGCCGUUGAGACAUCAACAUAGCCCUCGUCAAUAGUCCCUGAAAAUAAUGUUAAUCUUUGCAUGAUGAACAACGUCAUUCGUUUGCCGCGUUCGGAGAUGAUGGGUUUCAGAAACAGCAGCUGCAUAUGCAAGUUCGCGACUGCCAAUGAACGACGUCGGCGCCAGCCGCGCGUCAGUAAAAGUGCCGAAGGAUGGAGAAUGGAAGGGGACAAGACGGCUGCCGGCAGUACGGAGCGCGUAAUUGGUGGGGUUGCUUUGCCGUUCGCGAUGA